AUGGGUAUACAGGUGACAAUGCAAUUCUCUCCAAUAUAUCUCAACAAGGUAAUCGAUAGCAAUCAAUAUGUCGAUUACCUGAGCAACACAAUUCCAAUAUUUCAGAUAGUAACGUUUGGAGUGAAAAUAUUCGCCGGUGUUUUGGCCGAUAAAGCCUCAUGUUGCCAGCCGGUCACUUCAGUGAAAAUAUUCAAUCUCAUAUCGGUUGGAGGAAUGGGAAUCGCCUUCUUCGUACUCGCUGUUAUACCAACGUCCAUGCCAAUCUUUGCCUUGGUAGUGCUUAUUAUUUGUACUUCUAUAAUCGGCUUCAACUGUGGCGCAUUCUUCCGUAGUUCGGCUAUUGUCGCCGCAUUGUCAUCAAUGCAUUGCCCAUAUCAGCAUACUUAUACUGAUCUUAUUAUAAUCAUUAAUUAA